AUGGCGCAUCCUCACACGAAUGAAGACAAGGCCACAACAACAACUACUAUAUUUUUCAUAUCAAAUCUACACUGUCCUUCAUGUAUCACAAGCAUUCAAUUCUGUCUGGAGGAUCUGAAUAUCGAAGCAUCCUCGAUUUCUCACUCGAUAAUUCAACACUCAGUCACAAUCCGCCACGAUCCGUCCAUCCCCCACACCACCAUUAUAUCAAGCCUAGAAAAAGCAGGCUUCGAGGUCUACAGCGUUGCACAAGCGAAUCGGGAACCCACAUUCAGACCGCAACCUGGAGAUGCUGGCAUCAACGAAGAUUGGGGCUUGGAACAAGCAGUUCAGCGAUGGAAGACUGCAUGGAAGGACAAAGAUGUCGAGAUGCAUCACGACCGUGGCUCUACGGAAGCCCUGAUGGAGAAAAUACAGCCAUUUGCCGAUGCUUCCGACGUCGAGAGAGGAGUAUCGAUGUCUUCCGAAAAUGAGGAUGGCGAAAAGGUUACAGAAAAGCUUGAUUCUGUGGAAUCUGCUUUGCCUGAGCUGUUUCGUGCUACUUUCUCGGUCGAGGGAAUGACAUGUAGUGCAUGCGUCACCAAUGUCUCGCAGGCCAUCUCUCAGGAUUCCUUCGUACAGGACGUGAACGUCAACCUGCUCAGCAAUUCCGCCACAGUCGUCUUCUCAGGUCGAAACAACGACAAAGUCAUCUCGGAGUCGAUCGAAGAUGCUGGAUAUGAUGUCUCCUUGAAUGAAGUGGAUGGUUUGGGUGCCAAAAACACCACUAAGGAGCAGACAUGGAAAGCAACAUUUUCGAUCACAGGCAUGACCUGUGCUGCUUGUGUUCGAUCUCUUACCGCUGGACUUGAACAACCUGAAUGGAUUCAGAGUGUUCAAGUAAAUCUGAUCUCAAACAGUGCAACACUGUCAUUCAGCGGAACCAAAGAAAGAGUCAAGGAUAUCAUCGAGAUCAUCGAUGACUUGGGUUUUGACGCUUCUCCCGAGGAAGUCAACAGCAUUGAGACAACGCAAGAGCAGAUUCUGGAACGAAAAGUCGUCUUGCGAAUGAGAGGCAUGUACUGUCACCAUUGCGCACCUCGUGUCCUACAGGCACUCUCGAACAAUUUUGGCGCUGGAGUGACCAUCGAGGAAGAGUGCAGCAUGCAGAACCCGCUGCUUAGACUCAGCUAUCGGCCUCAAUCACCAAGCCUGACACUAAGACAUAUCCUGAAAGUCAUCAAUGGUCUAGACACAGAAGUCCAAGCCUCCGUCUUCAACCCUCCAACCAUUGAACAACGAUCAAGGGAAAUUCAAGCCGCCGAACGCAGAAAAAUCCUUAUUCGCUUUAUGCUGUGCCUCAUCACUGCAAUUCCAAAUUUUGUCAUUGGCAUUGUGUAUAUGACGCUCGUCAAUCACCAAAACGCAGGUCGAAGGUACCUCAUGCAAAACAUUUGGGCAGGUACCGUAAGCAGGGCAGAUUGGGCCUUGUUCAUCAUGGGCAGUAUCAUCUACUUCUUCGCUGCUGAUAUCUUCCACAUUCGAAGUCUUCAAGGCAUCUAUCUCAUGUGGAAACCUUCAUCGCGCACGCCCCUGAGUCAUCGUCUACUCAGGUUCGGCAACAUGAAUAUGUUGAUUAGUCUGGGUACGUCAAUCGCAUACUUUGCUUCCAUUGCCGCUCUUGCUAUCAAUGCAACGAACAGCAAGAAGACGAUGGGUCAAGGACAGGCUUAUUACUUUGACUCUGUGGUUUUCUUGACUCUAUUCUUGCUUGGCGGCAGAGGGUUAGAAGCAUGGAGCAAGGCAAAGACUGGCGAUGCCGUUGCUGCUUUGGGUUCGUUGAGGCCUGACACAGCUCUCUUGGUCGCUACCUCCGACGAGGACAACUCAACAAGUCUAGACAAGAUACCAACAGAACUGCUUGAAAUCGGAGAUGUCGUCAGAGUCCUCCAAGGCAGCUCUCCACCAUUUGACGGCAUUGUCGUCGAUGGUGAGACUAAAUUCGACGAGGCCAGUCUAACAGGAGAAUCCAGGCUCGUGUCCAAGCAAACAGGUGAUCAAGUCUUUUCUGGCACCAUCAACAAGGGAUCACCUAUCGAUGUGCGUUUGACUUCCAUCUCAGGUUCUUCAAUGCUAGACCAGAUCAUCAAGGUAGUCCGCGAAGGACAAACAAAACGUGCACCAGUCGAACGCAUAGCAGACAUUCUAACCUCACGCUUCGUGCCCCUGAUCAUCCUGAUCGGCAUUUCCACAUGGAUCAUCUGGCUUUCUCUGGGUCUUUCAGGCGCGUUGCCAUCUUCGUGGUUGGAUUCAGAGAUUGGCGGCUGGCCGUUCUGGUCUCUGCAGUUCUCGAUUGCCGUGUUUGUUGUGGCUUGUCCUUGUGGCAUUGGUCUUGCUGCCCCUACUGCGCUUUUUGUGGGUGGUGGAUUGGCUGCCAAACAUGGUAUUCUUGUUAAAGGAGGUGGAGAGGCGUUCCAGGAGGCCAGUAUGCUCGAUUGUGUCGUGUUUGACAAGACGGGCACAUUAACCCAGGGGUCUGCACCAGCCGUUUCUGACUGUAAGGUCUUUGGUGACCAAGAUGCGAAAGAGAAUGCGUUGGUUAUGGCGAGAGUGCUUGAGGAGAACAGCAGUCAUCCUGUCGCUAGAGCCGUCGUCGAGUACAGCAAAGCGCAAGUCUCGACUGGCGAAAGCAUACAACUUGUCGAUGUCGAAGAACUUCCUGGCAAAGGUCUCAAAGGAUCCUUCAAAAACGAAAACUUGGGCACACAUAUCACAGCAAUCGUCGGCAACGAAGCACUGAUGGCAGACUUUGAUGUACAGCUUGACUCGGAAAGCAAAGAUCUCAUCGACAGCUGGAAACAGCAGGGCAAGUCUAUUGCUCUUCUAUCAACUUCUUCGUCUCCAGGAACGACUUUCACUCUGGUUGCAGCUUUUGCCAUAGCAGACCCAUUGCGACCCGAAGCCGCUACUGUAGUCAAGUGGUUGCAGAAGCAAGGACUCGAAGUAUACAUGAUCUCAGGCGACAACGCAACUACCGCGAACAAUAAGAUCAAGUACCUGCAGCAGACUCUUGUACCACGACGCUCGCGAGGUUUUAUCGGGCCGCGUAAACAAAGGGCUACAGUAGCCAUGUGCGGCGACGGCAUCAAUGACUCUCCAGCCCUCGCUACUGCGGACGUGAGCGUUGCUGUUGGGUCUGGGUCAGAUGUUGCUCUUUCAACAGCAUCAUUUGUGCUCGUGACAUCCGACUUGCAUGCAUUGGUCAGACUUCUGGAACUGUCGCGUGUGGUGUUCCGUAGGGUCGUGCUCAACUUUGCGUGGGCGUUGGUUUACAACUUGAUUGCAUUGCCCGUUGCGGCAGGAGCGUUGUAUGCGAUUACCAGUGGAGGAACGCAUGUUCGGCUGGAUCCAGUAUGGGCCAGUUUGGCUAUGGCGCUGAGUUCGGUAUCUGUGGUGUCGAGCAGUCUCCUACUGCGCACCAAGAUUCCUUUCGUAGGCUUCAGAGCACCCAAGAUAUAG